AUGGACGUCAUGGGGCAAGGCAUUACACCUCUCUCGCAGCUAGUCGUCAGGGCCAAGUACAAGCCUGCAAUCGCAUUGCUCGAGCGUGGUGCUGAUCCCUACUUCGACGGGCACAAUCAGAGAGUGUGUACACUGGGCUGGUGUUUCAAUGAUAGAUUUAUCGACCCAUCAGAGCCAGAGUCCGUGACCAAAGAGUUGAGGGAGGACCGACGAAAACUGGUGGCCCUGUUCAUUGCGAAAGGGGCCGACGUGAACAGAGUCACGAUUACUGGAGAUGAACAUCACACGCCCCUCUGCUGGGCACUAAUGGGAGGGAAAGACGUCGAAUGUAUCAGGAUUCUCCUCGAUGCCGGAGCCAGCAUCAGGGACGCCGUUACAUCUACAGAUGGUUCCAAGACCGAGGGUCUGCUCCGUAUGCUCUUCCGCAAAGUCGCCGGCUUAGCCCCAUGGGCUCCAAGGGCGAGCGACCCUAGCGAAGGAUUUUUUGAGCCUUACAAGGACUCGGUGCGUCUCUUGUUGGAGAACGGUGCGCGCAUUGACUCGGUUGAUGAUGAGGUGUCAGCCUUGGGGAUAUGCUGUCAGAUGGCAACUCCAAAGAUAGGGACCUGGGCCCUCGAGUUUCUCGUGGACAAUUCCACGCGCCGAAAUGUCACGCCAGAGUUCGUUGAAGCUAUUUUAGAGGAUACGGAGGACGAGGCGGUACGCACGCUGUUGGGGCGGCUGCGAGACAAGUUAGCGGGAGAUGGUGAGGAUGAUGAGGCAGAGACGGCUGACGACUAG